UCAAACCUCGGGAACUUUAUCUUUCUCCUCAAAAUCAUUUUCUGGCAUUUGUCCCUCUUUGGUAUCGGUCGUUGCUGAUUCCACUUGUGUAUGUAUUUCUUCUUGAAUGGAUUCCUCAACUGCUUCAACUCUGACAGAUGCAGUAUUGGGUAAAGUUGAAAUGGAUUUAUCCUCAGGCGCACCUGUCAUUAUACCAAUGAGAUGUUGAUUGCAAUCAUCGACACAAGGUUGCCUAUGAUCUUGUCAUUGUCUACUUCUGAUUCUUCUUCACUAAGUGUUUGUUGUUGUAAUAUUUCCUCAACCAUCUCACCUUUGACAAUUCCUGAUGUGGGCAAUGUUGACUGGACUUCAUCGUUAGGCACACCUGUCAUUAUACAUAUGCUGCUGUCAUUAUCUAUCUCUGCCGAUUCCUCUUCCUUGAGUGUUUGUUGUUGUAAGAUUUCCUCAGCCAGCUCUCCUUCGACUUUUGCUGAUGUUGGCAAUGUUGUCCGGGUUUUAUCGUCAUGCACACCUGUCAUUUUACAUAUGAGAUGUUUCUAUGAUAUCAUCCGCACAAGUUGGCUAAGGCCUUUCUCAACUGUUUCAUCUCCGGCAGAUGCUGUGCUGGGUAAAGUUGAUAAGGAUUUAUCUUCUGGCACACCUAUCACAGUAUACAAAUCGGAUGUAAAUGGAAUCAUUGACACAAGGUUCAUUUUCUGGAUUGCAGCUGUUGUCGUUAUCUGUUGCUGCUGGUUCCUCUUCCUGAAUUGGUUGUUGCUUAUAUGUAGCUGGGUUUAAUUCUGUGGUCUCUUCUUCCAAAUUCGGAUGCUCUAUAACUGUGUUCUCCAGGUUCAGCUCUUCAGUCUGCUCAAACCUCGGGAAGUUUCUUUAUCUCUGCAAAAUCAUUUUCUGGUUGCUGCCCCUCAUUUGUAUCUUUCACUGCUGAUUCUGCUUCGGUAUCUAUUUCUUUAAUGCUUUUUUCAACUGUUCGAACUCCAACUGAUGCUGUAGUGGCCAAAGUUGACAGGUCUUUAUCCUUAGGCUCACCUGUCAUUAUACAAAUGAGAUGUUCAACGCAAUCAUCAACACAAGAUUCCUCUUCCUUAAGUGUUUGUUCCACUAAGGUUUCCUCGACAGUUUCUCCUUUGACAAUUGCUGAUGCUGGCAACAUUGACUGAGCUUCAUCCUCAGGUAUACCUGUCAUUAUACG